GCAGCGCGGCCGCAGCACCAGCUACCAGCGUGGGACUACUUUGCUGUGGUUCGCCAGCAUGUGUUCUGUAUCACUCCGCAGCGGGCGCCGGCUACUCCCUGGAUUCUGAGGCGUUCCACCAGCAGGCCGGGAAGUAGCCACGCCCCCUCCGCCCAGCAGCCUGCAGCCAGAGCUCCUCACAUUCUGCCCUCCUGCUGCAGCCCCACUGACGCUGUGUCUGUUCUUUACGUUACAGGAGGACCUCCACGUUGUGUUAAUACUCACACUAUGGAAUAAAUAUACAUUUUACACCACCAUCACCAUGCAUGACGUCACAGCAGCCCUCCACUGCUGCACAGACUCGUCCUAACCUAUUUUAUUUUUUGGGAUUUAUAUCUGUGUUUCUGCAGAUUUGUGUUUUUUUUUGUGGGUUUUUUUUUUGCAAUGUGCAUAAGGUAAAAACAUUCAUUAUGUGUAUGCACGAGUUGGAUUUGAUGCUAAAAGUGUAAAUAGUAGCAGGAAUUCUACCCACACACCACCCCAGGACGGGGUAGGUGUACACAGAGACUACUACUACUACCCCCCCCCCCACCCACCAGAAGGAGAAACAGAAACAGAAACAUGGCCUCUGUGUGGAAGAGACUGCAACGUGUGGGGAAGCAUGCAUCCAAGUUCCAGUUCGUGGCUUCCUAUCAGGAGCUGAUGGUGGAGUGCACUAAGAAAUGGCAACCGGACAAACUGGUGGUGGUUUGGACACGCAGGAGUCGGCGGAAAUCCUCCAAGGCUCACAGCUGGCAGCCUGGCAUCAAAAACCCCUACAGAGGAGUGGUGGUGUGGCCGGUACCGGAGAACAUAGAGAUCACGGUCACUCUGUUUAAGGACCCUCAUGCAGAGGAGUUUGAAGACAAAGAGUGGACGUUUGUCAUUGAAAAUGAGUCUCCAUCAGGGCGGAGGAAGGCCCUGGCCACCAGCAGCAUAAACAUGAAACAGUACGCCAGUCCGAUGCCCACGCAGACGGACGUCAAGCUCAAGUUCAAGCCGCUCUCCAAGAAGGUGGUGUCGGCCACGCUGCAGUUCUCCCUCUCCUGCAUCUUCCUCCGUGAGGGAAAGGCCACUGACGAGGACAUGCAGAGCCUGGCCAGCCUGAUGAGCAUGAAGCAGGCCGACAUCGGCAACCUGGACGACUUUGAGGAGGAGAACGAGGAGGACGAGGAGAACCGGGUCAACCAGGAGGAGAAGGCCGCCAAGAUCACAGAGCUCAUCAACAAGCUGAACUUCCUGGAAGACGAGGAUCAGGAAGCGUCUCCCGACAUGUGCACGAAUCCGUUCGAAGACCCCGAUGACGACCUUCAUCCGAACCACCUCAACCCGUUUGGUGAACCAGACGAUGAAGAACCCCCCGUCCAGCCGGUCUUGAGGCCGCGGGUCGACGACGACUCCUUCUUUGACCCCGACUCCUCGAAUCCGUUCGAUGAGCCGGACGAAGCGGAGACAGAAGCGGCCCCGGGGAACCCCUUCGACGAGCCCGACCUGGACGCGGACCUCCAGCCGGACCCAGAACCCCCCAAGCCCAGGCAGAGGAAAGGAGUACGGCCUGUCGACAUGAGCAAGUACUUGUACGCCGAAACUUCUCACAACCAGGAGGAUGAGCUUGACGAAUCCAACCCGUUCUACGAGCCAAGGACAUCGAGCCCCGUGCGCACCCCCGCUGGCGGCCCCUCCCCCGAUUUGGGCAGCGGCCAGAAGAGGAGGGCCCCCCCGCCCCCGAGUUCCAGCUCUGGCCCAGGCCCCAGUCCGCCUGCUCCUCAACCCAGCUCUGGUCCAGACAGGGAGAGAGUCCAGCCAGUCGGGCCCAGCCCGGUCGCAGUGGUGAUGGGGAGAGAGCUGGCCUCCUCCUCCCCGAAGCCCAGCCCCGUCCCCAGCCCGGUUCUGGGAGGGAAGCCCAACGCCAGCCAGUCUCUGCUGGUCUGGUGCCGCGAGGUCACCAAGAACUACCGCGGGGUGAAGAUCACCAACUUCACCACCUCCUGGAGGAACGGGCUGGCCUUCUGCGCCCUGCUGCACCACUUCAGACCGGACUCAAUAGACUACAAGUCGCUCAACCCUCAGGAUAUUAAAGAAAACAACAAAAAGGCAUACGACGGCUUUGCGAGCCUGGGCAUCUCCCGUCUCCUGGAGCCGUCGGACAUGGUGCUGCUCGCCAUCCCCGACAAGCUAACGGUGAUGACCUACCUGUACCAGAUCCGGGCCCACUUCUCGGGCGAGGAGCUCAACGUGGUGCAGAUCGAGGCCAACAGCAGCCGCAGCACCUACAAGGUGGGCGACUUCGAAACGGACACCAACGCCUCCAUCGGUCAGGACAAGUUCUACGCCGAGCUCAACGACGUGCAGCACCGCCAGGGGAACUCGGAGGCCGAUGAGUCCGUCAACGCCGAAUCUAACGGCACCAAAGCCACAGAGGACGAGGUGACGGAGCCCGGUUGGAAGGCCGAAGUGGGAGCGGUCAGCUUGGCGGCAGCGGGGGCUUCUCAGUCCUCCCCUCCGGUCCCAUCGCCACGCACGGCGUUACCCGCCACGGCGACGGACUCGACCCACAAGGCGCCGUCGAGCUCCGAGGACAGGGCGAAUCUACUCAAAGCCAACACUUUGGACCUCAGCGAGCUGCCUCAGAGAGUGGAGAUGGAGAAGGAGAGACAGAGGAAGGAUGAGGUGGCAGAGGAACCGGGGUCUCCCACCAGGAGAGGGGCCUCCUCACCGCCUCAUCAGAAACUGGGCUUCUCCUACAACAGGGACGCCGACCUCAUCAAGAAGAAGAGGGCCAGCCUGCGUCACGCCGAGUCUGAGCCCGCCUCCGAAACCAGCUCCCCUCCAGUCAACCACACGGACCCGCCUCCCAAACAGGAGCCGACACCUGCCCCUGUGUCAAGUCCCCCAGCUGAGAAGAAGGUGCUGUCUCGUCAGGAGGAGCUGAAGGAGAGAGCCCGACUCCUCCUGGAACAGGCCCGCAGAGACGCCGCCAUGAAGGCCGGAAACAAGAACCUCCCAAACUCAGCCGCCACGGCACCAAACAGGCCCACGAGCGUCAGCGAUGAGCGGGAUACAGAACGGCGGAGGCAGCUGAGAGAGCGAGCCAGACAGCUGAUAGCCGAGGCUCGAUCCGGAGUCAAGAUGUCCGACAUGAGCCUGGACCUGUGCAGCACUGACAGAGGCAAGGGCAGCAAAGCUAGUCCUGCUGGAGAUGUGUCGAGUGGUCCUCAUGAGGAUGAAGGUGAAAGGGGUGAGGAUGAGGAUGAGGAAGAGAGGUCUGAGGAUGAGCAGCUUCGUUUUGGUGGCGGUGGUGGUGAUGAUGAUGUUGACAGUGUUGCUUCCACUUCUGCGUCUGCGCUGGUUACUAACCCGCUGCCACCGGAGGCCCCUCAUCCAGCCGCCUCCAGCAUCUACCUGCCCCUGGAGCUUACUAACCCCACCUCUGAGCUAACUUCUCUGGGUACAAACAGUAAGCAUGUGGAUCUGAAGCUGAAGAAGCUGGUGGAGCUCAGCCCGAGAGGAGUCACCUCCCCUUCGUCUGCGUCCUCCACCUCCACCACCACCACCUCCUCCUCCUCAUCCUCACCCACCGCCUCCUCCGCCUCCACAGUCAGCCCCACAGAAGGACUGGAGAACAACGCUGAGGAGCUUCGAGCCGAGCGACUCCGCAGAGCGACGGAGAGGUUGCGAAGCCCGGUGGUCUUCAACAAGGACUCUGCAGUCAGGAAGACUCAGCUGAAGUCCUUCAGCCAGUAUGUGGAGACCAGACCAGAGGUGAAGAGGCAGAAGUCCAUCCCCGAGGAUCUGAGGAGGGCCGAGGAGGACAGAGGUUCACCGACGGACCUCGACAUCCGCAGACCGUUUGAAGAGGAGAAGGCGUUCAAAGACACCAGUCAGUAUGUGGUUGGGGAGCUGUCUGCGCUGGAGAGCGAGCAGAGGCACAUAGACGCCCGAGCAGCUCGCGUGGAGAAGAGGCUGCGCUAUCUCAUGGACACAGGCAACAACAAGGAGGAGGAGGAGGCCAUGAUGCAGGAGUGGUUCAUGUUGGUCAACAAGAAGAACGCCCUCAUCCGACGACAGAACCAGCUCUCUCUGCUGGAGAAAGAGCACGAUCUGGAGAGACGCUUCGAACUGCUGAACAGAGAGCUGAGAGCAAUGCUGGCCAUCGAGGACUGGCAGAAGACGGAGGCCCAGAAGAGACGAGAGCAGCUGCUGCUGGAUGAGCUGGUCAUACUGGUCAACAAACGGGACGCGCUGGUCCGGGACCUGGACGCCCAGGAGAAACAGGCCGAGGAGGAGGACGAGCACCUGGAGAGGACGCUGGAGCAGAACAAAGGAAAGAUGGCCAAGAAAGAGGAGAAGUGUGUGCUUCAAUGAUUGUCACGUCACAGAAACAACAACAACGGAAACACAACCAACAAAUGUAGCCGAUUAAAGAAAUGUAUCAUUAUUAUAAUUAUGAUUAUUAUUAUUAUUUGAUAGUGGCUCUCCUAAACGUUUGAAUCCUGAGAGGCCUGCGUUGCCUUUUGCACCAACUUUAUAUGAACUCAAACUGACCCACUUCUAUACGAUAUUGUUUGUUUUUAAUUCUCCUUUUUAUUUUACCAAGAACGGUACGUGUUUGUAAAAUACAUAAAUACCAGAGAGACGUCUGUCUGAAUGUGGAGACCAGUCGGUUUGAGGUACAGCACAACUGGGUUUAAUGGGAGUGGGAGGAGGGGGGUUACUUUUCCUUUUUUCGUCAUGUGGAGGAGAUGACGCUGCAGUUGGACUUUUAAAAAGAGUUGUUAUAAUAUCAAGCUACUUCGUUACUUGACUGUGUAUCUUUUUAAUUAUUUCAUUUUAGUGUUUUUUAUGUAAAAUAUCUUUAAAAA